CAGAAACAUGUCCAUAUGUUGUCUCAUGAUCAUGUGGCAGCAGGUAUUCUGAGUUGUAGUAAUACUCAUAGGUUGACUUUCUUGCAGGCGCAGUCUACUAAUGCUGAGAACGUGAAUGUGGUUUUCCUGACGGUGGACGUGGAUAAAGCUUCAGAUGCGAGUGAAAAAUCCAAGGUUAACAGCAUGCCCACGUUCCACUUUUACAAGAAUGGAGUAAAGGUGGCAGAGUUCUCUGGCUCCGACAAAGAUGCACUGUUGGAGAAACUGAAAUCUUUGAGGACAUAAAGCGCCACAAACGCAUCCUCAUUGUAUAAAAGCCGCUGUUUCCCUCUGUACAUGCUUGAGAAAUUCCUGUUUCAUGUUGUGUACUAUAACAAUCAACUUUUCUAUUUCACACCGCAAAUAAUUGAUUUCAUGUAUGUCUUAACUGGCUGAAAUGUAAUCAAAACCUGUCGACCACUUUUAAUUCUGUUUUUGUACGAGAUUGGCUUUGCUCCUGAACUUUCUUUGCAUGUUGUGUUCAAGGUGGAUUUAAUAAAUAAACAAUGAGUUACAGGCA